AGGGAAGAAAGACCCUGCCGGACCAGUGCCGAACGUCUCCAUCUAUGACGUGCAAAGUGCCGAAAACGGGGCAGAGGCCGCUGAACCAUUUGAUAGAGCAGGCGUUACCCUGCUACCAGAGCAGAGACGCGCUUUAGAAUGGAUGAUAUUACAAGAGCGGAAGCCGCGUCCUUUUAAGCAAGAGCAAAUCGUUGAGGCUUGGCUGUUCAUCACAAUAAGUUCCCGUCUUUAUGGCAACUCUUGUUGGAAGGGAGGGAGUGGUGGAUACGGUGGUGGAAAUGGCGGUGUGUGGCGCAGGUUCGAUGGGCGGGGUGCCAAUGAGCCGUCAAGCCACGGACGAUAGCAUCACAAAGACAAAGUCUGGGAGAGCAAGCAAGCGCAGAACCGAUUGAGCAGCUUGUGAUGGUGGCCCCCAUGCCAUGGGUUGUCGGUGGAUGGCACCCGUUGUCUUGUGCUUACUUUCCUAGCUACCGUGAUGUUAUUAUUCGACUAAAGCCCAUUAUCAUGGAACUUGAACGAAGCGAGAAUAUCCUCAUUGUCACCCACCAAGCAAUCCUCCGAUGCAUCUACGCCUACUUUAUGAAGGAAGACCAAGAACGGUCACCCUGGUACAUGACCACUGCGACCUUUGAAGAGAAACGAGAAUGUUGCAGCCAUUGAAGGUUGGGUGCAGGAAUAUGGGAGGAGAGGGGGUGGAGCGAAUACCUGCUG